ACACAGAGAGGGAGCCAGGAGAGAAAUAACAGAGAGAGAGAGAGAGAGAGAGAGAGAGAGAGAUUGGAUGCCAGUGAUAGAGUAAAAGACUAAAGCCGCUUGUGAAUUUUCUUAGUUGUCAUGGGCCCUUGGGGGUCGAUCAAGUGGCACCGCUGACUCAGAAGACACAUGAAGAAACAAACUCAAGUGACAAGAAGUAACUAAGGACAACAAGGCUUUUAUAAGUAACAAGAGAAACAGAGAGUGAGGGGCACACAGGGUGAGUGCUUCAUCCACAGGGGAGACAAUCUUCAGCGUGUUGCCUCAGCAGAGAGACAAGAUCCCUCAAAUCCAUCAGUCCGUCGUCUAUCCAUCCAUCCAUCCAUCCAUCAGUCCAGUGAGGAAGAGGCUCAGACAUGAAGAGACCUCACGACUACAGCUCGCCAGACUCGGACACAGACGAGUUUAUUGACGUGGGACAAGAAGACGGUUUUUGCCCAGUCACCGGGUCCAUGUCUCCUGGCAGCGCCUCACAGAUUCUGGCUCGAAAGAAGAGAAGAGGGAUCAUAGAGAAGAGGCGCAGAGACCGGAUCAACCACAGCCUGUCAGAGCUCAGGAGGCUGGUGCCCAGUGCUUUUGAAAAACAGGGUUCAUCCAAGCUGGAGAAAGCAGAGAUCCUGCAGAUGACUGUGGACCACCUUAAACUCCUGCAUGCCAUGGGAGGAAAAGGUUACUUUGAUGCGAGGGCGCUGGCAGUCGACUACAGGACCUUGGGCUUUAGGGAGUGUGUUGGUGAGGUGGUGCGGUACCUCAGCUCCCUUGACGGGGACUCCCCGGACCCUAUAGGAGCCCGCCUGGUGUCCCACCUCUCCCAUUGUGCAAGCGAGCUAGACCCCCUUCUCCUGCAGUCGCCCCCGGCCUCCGCCAUGCCCUUCCCUCCUUGGCCGUGGGCGUCCUUCACUCAGAUCUCCCCCGCCACACCGGCCUCCUCCACGCCUCCUUUCCCCAGCGGGCGAAGAGAUCUGGCCCUGCUGGGGAGCUACCCGUCGCACGCCUCCCUCCGCCUCGGCCCCCUGGCCGGCUGCCAGCAGGGGGUACCGCCACUCCUCACGCCUACAGCUCUGGCCACCAUCCACAGGUUGCCAUCUCUUGCAGCGUCCCCAGUCCUAGCCCCCUCCAGACCGACCCAGUCGUCGCCUCACAGUGCCACCAGGGCCUCGCCUCUCCCCCUUCUCACCCCUUCCUCCUCCUCUCCUUCUACCUCCUCCUCCUCUUCUAUUUCAUCAUCUUCCGUCCCGCUGCAAGUCUCUUUCAGGCCCUUCGCACCUCUGGGCUCUCCCACAGCCCAGCGCAGGGGCUUGAGCGGAGCAGCCAAGUCGGCCCAGGGAUGGGGGACUGAGAUCGGAGCUUUCUGAGGGGUCAACUCCGGUUUUCAAAAAUGAACUCUGUCCAGUAGACAUGGAGCUCCCAUGUAGCAAAUAUGAAACCGUUGGAGAAAGACGUAUUGAACCUUCAAUGAUUGUCUCUGCUUUUGAGGGACUCUAAAAAGCCAUAUCAGACUGUGGGUGUCAGAUAAUCACAAAUAUAUAUAUAAUGGAAUAAUGAAGGAAUGUGAAAGAUUUGAAUAAAUUCCUGUUCAUGAUCUUGCUUGACAAAUACACACAUACACCAACAGAGCCAUAUAUAACGCUCAACAGAGUGACGUUGAGUUUUUACUGAUCUUUUUAACUGUGAUGUUUGUUUUUGUUUCCGAAACAUUUAUACAUUUGAUUACAUUUUCCAAGUCUGAAGAAUGUUUGACAAAAAAUCUCUAUAAAGACUAAGUGCCUUUACC